AUGUUGCCUCACAUUGUUGCGCCGAACUUGAAUCUUGCGGUGCAGCCUUUGACUCAGGACGCGUUCGCUGAGUUUGGUACCGUCGUCGAGAAUGCCGCGAAUGCAACUGGCAGGUCUGUCGAGCCCAAAGUCGUCAAGGCAAACCAAGGCUCAGCUCUCAAGUACAUCGACGUCUCUCAUGUCUCCAACCUCUACCAUUUGGCCCCAAGCGGAAAUCCUGCGAGGGCCGUCAUGAACAUGUUCGUCUGUUCACCGCGUCAACUGCAGCCAGUCACUAGCGGUUCAGAUACCGCUCAGGAACGAGCAUCGAAAUUUCCCGUGCAGAUUCUGGAACGACACCCGUUCACUCCUCAGACCUUUGUUCCUCUCGGUCUAGCUGCCGAUGAUGCGACAACGGUCUAUCUUGUCAUUGUCGCUCCAACAUUCAAAACAACGGAAAAACCAUUACCCUACCCCCAACAUGCUCCGAAACGAGAACGGAGCUGGACCGAAAUUUUCUCCAGGGCUCAACCUUCUCCAUUCGACAACUCUAGUGAUCCCUCUGCGUCUUCAGAUUCCAGCCAUGGGCCCCAACCUCCAAAAGGCCCGGGCGAGCCGGAUCUCAGCCGUGCGCGCGCGUUUCUUGCCAAUGGUUCGCAAGCUGUCACCUAUGGUCCUGGUACAUGGCACGCGCCAAUGGUUGUGCUUGGCGCGAAAGCUAUUGAUUUUGUAGUCGUACAGUAUGCAAAUGACGUGGGUCUUGAAGACUGUCAAGAGAUGGAAAUCAGGACCGAGAGCGGGUCUGAGGGACUGAAUGUUGUCGUUGACGAUGCCCGUCUCGGCCCUGAGAUUCGACAAAGAGCGAAACUCUGA